CCCCACAAAGUACCUACCAAUAUUGUCCCAUAUUGUAGGUAGGUAAAUGGGCUCCAAGACUAUCUAACUUGUCUAAAAUCACUGAAUUAGGGAAUGUGGCAACUCUGGAAUUCAGACUCUCUUCAGUUCAGUCUUUGACUCCAGACCCAUCAUUAAGCCUACCUCUCACAGGCUGGUUGCCCAUAGCAGGAGGUGGUCAGUGUUCCUUCCUUAGGUGAACAAUCCUCGUCCUCUAUGCCUCCUUGUCUUCAUAAAUGGGGUGACCGAUUGGAGAUGGGCGAUUCCUUUGGUUUCAACUUCAUUUCUGUGACAAAAUGUGCUGAUAUUUUCACUAAGAAAUGCUUUUUGACCUUCCCUGGAUGAGUCACAGUGGAUUUCACUAGUUCUUGAGUCACCUGUGAAUGAUCAGGUGAGCAGAAGAGGGUCCAAAUUUGCUUUGAAUUCCUAAUUUAGUUCUUUAUGUCUAUUAUCUAAGUCUAACAGCAUUUAUAACAAAGCUUUCCAUCACUUUGCAUAAGAUUAAGGUGAAAAAAUGCCAUAUGCAGGAAAACAAUGUAAGAUUAAUUUCAAAUCUUCAUAAUUUUCACCUUCAUUAUGUUCAAUUUCACAAGAACUGUGUGAGUUAGGCAAGUCAGGAAUUAUUUACCCACUUUGCAAAUGAGGAAAGAGAGUCACAAAAAGGGGAAGCGACUUGCUCAAGGACAUCGAGCUGGUUAGCUGCUAGACCUGGUGUUCUUUCUACACUAUGCCACCUCUGUAUGUAAAAAGGAACACCAGACUCAGGCACUUCUUAGCAGACAGAGCCAAAUGACUUGUGUACUGGAGGCUGUGACGUAUCAGCCUGUGGCCGUGGGGCUCCCUGUAUAACCAGCUACUAUGCUGAGAAUGAGGACAGAGCACCAGCCAUGCUCCUUGCUCACACCUGUGCAGUGCGAUAAACAAAGUAGAAGUAGUCAGCAGCUGUGGUCCAACCAGAUAAAACUUUCAGGCGGGAAGUCAAGUGACAAGUGAACUUGUGUGUCUGUGUGUGUGUUUUUAACUGUUAGUUACUUUUGACACUUUAAAAAAGGCUUCUUGUGGAAGUCAGACCAAAUAGCAAGAAGGUAUUGCAGCAAGAUGGAUUUGGAAAAGGACCAAUCUCAUCUGAUGAUUCAUCAGACACCUGAUCCUCAUCAAGAAGAGAAGCAUGUUCCAGAAGUCAUUGGAACUUGGCAUUUGCGAAACAGAGAACAACUCAGAAAAAGGAAAGCUGAAGCACAAGAAAAGCAAACUUCACAAUGGCAAUUUGGAGAGAAAAAACACAAGCGGCAGAGAACAGGAAAAAGAAGUGAAAGAGGCAGAAAGAGACAACAGAAUACAGAAAUGAAGGUGGAGCCUCCAUCACAACUAGAAAAGGAAGUGACGGAGAAAGCACCUAUUGAGAAAGAAGCUGAGCCACCUGGGAGUGAGACUGAAGCUCUCCUUCUGGGAGCCCUGCCCCAGAGAGUUGUGCCUGAGAAACAUUUUUCUGAAAUAGGUCAAGAAAGCAUUAUCCAUCAGGAAAAUUCUUCUGAGUUCCAAGAAACAGCAGUACAAACCCACCCUUCUGAAAUACACCAAGAUAUGGCUGAAUCUGAAGACCUCUCUCCCAAAAUGUGCCAAGAAAUAGCUGUAUUUCAAGACCAUCCUUCCAAAAUGUGCCGUGAUGUGGCUGAACCAGAAGACCUCUCUCCCAAAAUGUGCCAGGAAGCUGCUGCAGCCCUUUCUUCUAAAACAUCUGAAGACAUGGCUGUCCUGGAAGGAUGCUCUCCUGAAGCAUACCCCAAACCAGAUGUGCCUGAAGGCUACACUCUUGAAAUGUACCAAAAAAGAGCUGAACCUGAGGAACACAAGUCUGAACCAGGUCAAGGAAUAGCUGAAACUGGAGGCUUCAUUCCUAAAAUACAGCAGGAAAUAGCUGUGCCCAAAGAGCUGUCUACAAAGACAUACCAGGAAACAGCUGAGCCCGAAGACUCUUCUCAUAAAACUUACAAAGAAAUUGCUAUGCCUAAAGCCCCCUCUCAUGAAACAAUCCAGGAAACACCUGGAUCUGAAGAAUAUUCACCUGAAACCUACCAAGAAACACCUGGAUCUGAAGACCCUGUACCUGAUAUAUACCAAGAAACACCUGGGCCUGAAGACCUCUCUACUAAGACAUGUAAAGAUAAGGAUGUGCCUAAAGAAUGCUUUCCAGAGCCAUAUGAAGAAACAGGUGGGCCCCAAGACGAAGAUCCUAAAGCACACCAGGAAGAAGCUAAGGAUGCUUCUACUUUUCCUCAAGAAAUGAAGGAAAAACCCAAAGCAGAAGAACCAGAGAUACCAGUGUUUCCAAAUGUUCCUCAAGAGAUUCAGCCAGAAAAUGACAUCUAUAGUUAUGUUUUGUUUUAACGAUGUUCAACCAUCAUAGUUGUUCAACAAAAUACACAUCUUAGUACAUUAUAUGUGUGAUUUUCUCAAAAUAUGCUAGAAAUCUCUACAAUAUUCAUUAAUAUUUUAAGUGUUUUUUUCCCCAUAUAUAGACCAUAUCUGAGAGAACUAAUAUAUUUUCUUCAGGCUCUACCACAUAGACAAUAUCCUGCUUGUGUGUGUGUGUGUGUGUGUGUGUAUGUAUGUGUGUGUGCACGCGCUCACAUGUGUAUAUGUAUGCAUAUGUAUACUGGGGAGACCAUAGUAGUGGGAACAGAGUUAAUCAUUUUCCUGCUCUUAGGAAUUAAAGAAAUGUUUUUUCUUAGGGGAAAAUUAAUUACUGAGUCUUCCCUUUUCCCAUUUUUAAGUCUGAACAAUUAAAAUUUGGGGAAGUAUAUAGUUUUCUUAUAAACUCUGUUCAAUUAUUAAUGUAACAACAGCAUCAAAAUUUUAUUCAGGCUUCAGUUGGCUUUUAACAACUUAACAAUUUUUACAAUUCUUAUCAUUCUGGGACUCCUUCAAAGACCUUUUGGAGUGAUG